AUGCCGGCACCAACUUCAGCAGGCGCUGCUCAGCAGCUCCAAUCAGCCGCUUCCACCUCGACCAUGGCGCCGCUCAACGCCGAGCUGCUGCAAGUCAACCUCAACCCCACCCCCGCCGCACCAGAUUUCGAGAAUCUCGUCUUUGGUCAAAAGUUCUCACCACACAUGCUCAUCGUCAACUGGAAUCAUAAGACCGGAUGGGGAGCACCACAGAUCAAGCCAUACGGACCGCUCUCGCUCUCCCCUGCCGCACCUGCACUCCACUACGCCAGCGGACUCUUCGAAGGUAUGAAGGCCUACCGCUCCACCGACGGUUCGGGCAAGAUCCGCUUGUUCAGAGCGGACAAGAACAUGGAGCGUAUGAACCGUUCCGCUGCUCGUGCUGGUCUGCCCACUUUCGAUGGUGACGAAUUCAUCAAGCUCAUCAAGACGCUUGUUCGAAUCGACCGUGAUUAUGUUCCCUACGGAGAAGGCCAGACGCUCUACCUCCGCCCCACACUCAUUGGUACUCCCGACACGCUGGGUAUGGGCGUUCCCACCGAAGCACAGCUGUACUGUAUCUGCAGUCCGGUUGGAAACUACUAUUCCAGCGGCACUGGAUCCAAGCCUGUCAGCUUGUUGGCGAGGACUGACGUCGUCAGGGCAUGGCCUGGUGGAACCGGUUGCUACAAGCUCGCUGCCAACUACGCCGGUGCAACACGACCUGCUAUGGAUGCCUUGUUGGAAGGCUACCACCAGGUUUUGUGGCUGUUCGGUCCCGACCGACAGCUCACUGAAGUGGGUGCGAUGAACCUCUUUGUCGUUUUCCGCGACCAGGCAGCGGAUGGCGAUGCUACUCGAUAUGAAAUCGCCACCGCUGCGCUCGACGAUGGCACCAUCCUUCCCGGUGUCACUCGCGACAGCAUCCUGUCGCUGUUGCGUGCCUACAAAGCAGGAAACGUCCAAAUAGAAGGUCUGCCCAAACCUGAGAACCUUACCAUCUCGGAACGCAAGGUCACCAUGGAUGAGAUCAUUGAAAAAGCCGAAGGUAACCAAAUUUGUGAAGUUUUCGGCUCCGGUACCGCCGCUGUCGUCUGCAGCGUCGACAAGAUCGGUUUCGAGGGCGUAGACAUCCCUAUUCCUAUUCAACCGGACGGCAUGGGUACUUUCAUGCGUACCAUGCUGCGCGAGGUCACUGGAAGACAGUGGGGCACCAUUCCGUGCCCCGAAUGGAGCAGUGUCUGCUAG